AUAUUCUAAAAACCGAGCAAAAAGUCUUUCAAAUACGCUGUCCUUUUCAAGUCCGCUCAUCGAUAGCACGUCAGCUGGAGCCCCGACGCCGCCCUUUCGAGCGCCCGUAAAUUCCCAGGCCGGAAAACGCGGCCAGAAGGGAGGUUUUGGCCCGGGGCAGGAAAAUACUGGAACCCCAUCCCAUCCGCGGCGAGGAGGUCGAAGGGACUCGCCUGUGACCCAAACACUCGCCCGAGCCCCAAAUGACGAGAUAAUGGAACUUUCUCGGCGUCAGGGCACGUAGGCACUGUGGCGACUCUGUAAGCGUGUCUCGAGUGCAGUGGGAGUGGAGUGUACCAUGAGUGAGGCCCACCUAAGGAGGGUGCUGGUGGAAGACAUCCCCUCCCUCGCGGCGUGCCACACCGUCGCAGGCCAGUCAGCUGAUUUGGCUCCAGUGCACAGUGCCAGGCUGAGGAGCUCCCUCGGGCGCGCCAUGGAGGACAGGGCGGGCACGGAGGGCGGCACUCAAGGGCUGGACAGAAGGACGGUGGCGGACGGGCCCUCUCACGCCCCUGGCCUGGAGUCAGAGCUGAGGGAAAAACUAUCCUUCAAGAAUGGUGUUAUGAAUGGCAUGAAAAUUGGCACCACAGAUGCCGAGGUCCACGUGCCAGCGAUUAAGCCAGCAAAGGCACUGGUGUUGGACGAGCAGUGUUCGGAGUCUAGUCAUGAGUCUGCGUCCAAGUCGGACAUCAAUGGAACCGUGUGCAACGGCCACUCAGUGUCGGAGGCAACAAGUAGCAGUAGUAUUGCUAUUUCGGACACAUUUUCAAUUAAUUCAGAAAAGUCAUCGGACUCCUCCCAUUCUUGUUCGGGGGCUCGGCCGAGGACAAGAAAUACGUCAAACAGUUCGCAGGGCACGCAGCCCAAAAGUGAAAUUGACCUUAGCUCAACGAGUGAAAGUUUAGUUACGCCUGAAAUCUGCAUAAGCCCAGUCCUCUCGAAUGAAGAAAUUUUGAAAAUAGAGUAUAUUAACUAUGAGAAUGAGCUGCAAAUGUCAGCUAUAAUGAGACUAAUACAGAAGGAUUUAUCCGAACCCUACUCUAUAUACACAUAUAGAUACUUUAUCCACAAUUGGCCCAAGUUGUGCUUCCUGGCCAUGGCGAGCGGAGAAGUCGUCGGGGCGAUCGUCUGCAAGUUAGAUGUGCACAAGAAAGUCACCGUUAGAGGGUAUAUUGCCAUGCUAGCGGUUGAUCAUAGGUUUCGCAAGAGAAAAAUCGGCUCAAAUCUUGUCCAGAGAGCAAUAAGAGCAAUGGCGUGUGAUGACGCGGAUGAAGUUGUUCUUGAGACUGAAAUAACGAAUAAACCCGCCCUCAGGUUAUACGAGAACCUUGGCUUUGUGAGAGACAAACGGCUCUUCCGGUACUAUCUAAAUGGGGUAGAUGCCUUGCGGUUGAAACUAUGGCUGAGAUAAGGAAAGAAUGAGUGACAUUGCAGCACAUUUUGGAACUGCUCCUUGGAUGUUUGUUGAAGAUCAGUAUCCCACUGUCACCUAAAUAAGAAGAACCAGGACUCUGUCCAGCCACACGUCAGUCUAUGUAAGAGCCGAGUGGUGCUCUGUGAGAUGUAAGAUACCAGCAGCAGUUGUAUAGAGGUUAUGAGUUACUAUAUUUUGCUACAAUAUACAUGCUCUUUUACUGUGAGUACUACAGUAGAUUACACCUUUUUUUUUUCAUUCUCAUAUAUUUUAUUAUUCGUUUUCAGUCAUUUUUUUUAUGUUAUUGUCAUUAUUCUUAUUUUGUUUGUUACUUUAUGUAUUUCACAUCAUGAGUAAUGAUUGUACUCACCAGAGAAUUUGUAUCCUUCCCAGUUCUGUAUAAUGAUAUGUGUAGUUGUCUCACCUCAAAGAGUCAUGUGCUGAGAAUGGUUAUCAUUGCCUAAAUUAGGUUACUGGUUAGAGCAUAAGCACUCACAUUAGUUACCAGUUUACUGAGAUAUUUGUUACUGGUUUUAGUUUGAUAUCAAUUCAUUUUGAUAUCAGAUAUAAGAAUCUGCCUUAACUGCUGGAAAGUGAACAUAAUUGUUACCUUAUAUUACUGUUUUAUACCAAAAAAAAUAUAUUUUACAAAGUUU